AUGUUAGCAAUUGUUGGAUAUUGGCAUAUGAACGGUGCAGGCGUACAGCUUCGCAGAGGACCUGCCGAAGGAACCGUUAGUUUCACCGAUGAGUCGUUGUCAUCAGCGCUUAGGGAGCCGCAGCCGCCGGCACCAGAGGAUUCCGAUAACGACUUCGAUGACGCCGAAGUAGAAAGCGCCCAGGUGCUAGAAAUUCCUAAAAAGGACGCGGCCGUGAAAGCGGAGUCUGUCGAGGCGCCGCGCGCCGAGCCCGUGCAGGCUGAGAAACCUACUGUGGACAAGUCAGACGGCGAUCUCAGCCUCUCAGACGUUAGUGACUUGGAUGACCAGGAGCCGGAGACGAAGGACCUGGUCAUCGGGGUUUUAGACAAGAUAACAAGGCCCAAUCGCAAGAAAACCGGGGGACACAUUUGGAAGCUGAAGCUAGGGUAUGGUGUAUUGCAGCCGCAGCGUCACAAACAACAGCAGUAUAAGAUGCCGCUGGUGCCCAUACCGAAUCCGCGCGUGUUCUUCGACAUAUCUAUCGGCGGCAGAAAUGCCGGACGCAUGAUUUUCGAGCUGUUUAUGGACAAGUUGCCGUACACAUGCGAGAACUUCCGAGCGCUCUGUACGGGGGAGACUGGUCUGGGGUACUACCUGCGGCCUAGGUGGUACAAGGAUACGCCAAUACAUCGGAUAACGACGGGAUUCAUGUGCCAGGGAGGCAACUUCAACACCGGAAAUUCAUACGGUGGCGAAUCUAUAUACGGCCAGUAUAUGAGAGAUGAGUCGUACGCUUACCAGCACUCCAAGCGUGGUGUGCUGGGAAUGGCAAAGACAAGGCACAAACAUUCCAAUGGAUCGCAAUUCUAUAUCACAUUCAGGCCCUGCUCGCAUCUCGACAACAAAAUGGUGGUGUUUGGACAUCUAGAAUACGGCGAAGAUGUCCUGGACGCAAUCGAAGGGCAGGGUUCCAUGUUGGGGCGCCCAAAGAGGCCAGUGAGCAUUUUCAACUGGACAGGGAAAAACCUAUCUUCUGCCAACAGCAGUGGGACCUCGAACAGUCGUCUAAACGCGUCAUGCCUGACGAAGCGUAUAAGCGCGCUCAUUACAACUUCUAGUGAGAACAGCCGCGUCAACUAG